AUUAAAUAUACAUACAUAUUUUUACGACUGUCAACAAUCUUGCGGUCUUGUGUCUCUAUUGUCAAAUUAAAAUAAACCGAGAGCUCUUUUCGUGAUAAUUUCAUUUUUAAAAGCAACCAUAGAUCAGAAAAUGCCAGAACUGACAGAGUUAGACAAGGCCACGGCCUCAAUGACGGAGAAGCGUAAGGAGGAGACGGCUUCAUCAGACAGUGACUCCGACGACACCAUCCCGGAGCUAGAGGAUGCUGGAGCACCUGGUGCUGGUGGUAUCACCAACCCUAUGGCUGGAACCGACAUGGUCUCCAAACAGAAACAGUCACGAGGAGAGAAAAAGGCUCGGAAGAUCAUGGGCAAGCUGGGACUCAAACCUGUCCAAGGUGUGAGUCGUGUGACCAUCAGGAAGUCAAAGAAUAUUUUGUUUGUGAUUAGCUCACCAGACGUCUACAAGAACCCACACUCCGACACAUACAUUGUGUUUGGUGAAGCCAAAAUCGAGGACCUCUCCCAGCAGGCCACCAUGGCCGCAGCUGAACGGUUCAAGGCUCCCGAGACAGCUGCAGCUGGAAAUGACACCGCUACUUCUGGAACGACGGUGGCUCCUAUAGCCGAGGAAGAGGAUUCUGAGGGUGCUGAUGAAGGAGACGUGGAUGAGAAGGACGUGGAGAUAGUAAUGACGCAGGCCAAUGUGUCCCGAGCACGAGCCGUGAGGGCUUUGAGGAACAACCAGUCGGACAUUGUUAAUGCUAUUAUGGAGCUGACAAUGUAGGCGGCCUAAUAGUCUCAAGUUUAAUUUUGUAUGUUCCUAGCUUUAAGUCGGUUAUAUUAUGGAGACUUGUCAAGCAGCAAUUCUUGAGCUCAUCUCGGAUGAGAUGCUUCUAUACGGAGGAUUCUCGGAAUGUAUAUAGAAUAUCAAAACAAUAAAAGUGUACCAAAUGUGA